ACUCAUCCUGCGACCGCAUCUGUUGUAUUUUCUAAAGGGUACUGCGGCAGUUCUAGAGCUCUUUCUCUCCACCAAGGUGGGUAAACAGGACACUUCGGACAGCAUCAGCUCAAUCACAGUGAUGGGGAAGGAUUAUGAAAGUUUGGAACAUUCUAUUAAAGUGACUUCUCAAGUGGUCUACUAUCUGAUGUUUCUUCUCGGAGUUCCAGGAAAUGUCUUUGUUGUGUACAUUGCUGGAAUGAAGAUGAAGAGGACCGUUAAUACGAUAUGGUUUCUCAAUCUGGCGAUUGCAGAUCUCUUGUGUUGCCUCUCUUCACUGUUCUAUGUGGCAAGGAACUUUUUUGACAAUAACUGGCCAUUUGGAUCUGUCAUGUGCAAGAUUCUCCCAUUGGGACAAUCCCCCUGGAGCAACCUGGAGUUAAGUGCCUUGCUCAAGGACACAGUGGAGGUGGCUGUGGGAAUUGAACCAGCAACCUUCUGCUUACCAGUUCAGUGCUUUAGUCCACUACGCCACCAGCAGUUUUCAGUAGCAGGAUGUGUGUAUGUGAAUAUGGAGCAUGUUAAAUUUUCUGUACAAAAACAUUUGCUGUGAAACAUGCAGAAUAUAGAGAAGGAAUUUGGUCAUUUCUGUGAAUAUUUUUUCAGUAAUCAUAUUUAUCUGGUAAUUCUUCUGGAUCUUUAUAUUUGUUUAAUCAGAAUGAGCUGUUUCAUUAAAAUGUGAUUUCUUGUGUGCUGCUGUUUGAAAGCUUCCUGUUAUGAUGCUUUUAUUUGACAGAUGCUGUAUAGACUGGUAGUAUAUUUACAACAAAGGGUGACUAUACUAUAUUUUUCUGCCCAAAUACACUCAUAAAUAAUGCAGAUGUUAUGUAAUGUUGUUAUGCAGAUAUAAUGUGAAUACUUGUAUGCUCUCAGGGUGAAUGAUGCAUAGAAGCUGUUAUACAUUAAAUAAAUGUAAGAAUAAAGUUUAAAU